AUGUUUCGUCCACUUAGUGCUUUUCAUCGAAAACUCAUAUUACAAAAAGAAACUGUCAGAACUAAAGUGGUUCGACCUGCCUCUAUCCUGAAACCGGCUGAAAAAAUAAAACUAUACAAUAGAGAAAAUAAAGAUCUGUUCGGGCCAUUGCUUGAAACUAAUAGGCAAAGGAAGAGUCGUUUAAAGAAAGAAGCUAAAAAUAGUUCUCAUCAAAACAACGAGUCAAUUGGAUCGAAUGAAAAUACGCCAAAGUUUGUGGAUGCUAGUAAACAUGAUAUAAUUCAAAGACAAGUGAAGUCUAGUUACUUAACGAACUUAGGAAUAAUUCAACACAAAAUGUGGCAAAACACAAGGACUUGUUUCAACUUUCUGGGUGUUAUAUUCAAUGGUGUGCCGAUCAGAUGUUUUAGGACCAAUGCGAUUAAAAAUUCAGCACGGAGCUCCCCUGCACAGCCAGGGUAUGCUAGUGAUGACAAAAUAAUCCAAAUAAAACAACAUCAAAAUGAUUUUACUAAACAGUUUCCAUCAGUUACAUUGAUAUUAAACAAAACAAUGACGGAGGAAUCUAGAAAAGCUCUUGAUAAAUGGAAACAAGAAAGGAUAGCAGAAAUGGGAUUAGAAGAAUUUAAUAGAUUUUAUGAAGCACAAUUAGCUGUUGGCACAAAGUUUCAUAACACCCUUAAAAACUAUUUCACACAACCUCAAACCCAAUUACGUAUUGAAAAGGAUGUCGAAGCUGUCUGGGUUUCUGUGAGCGAGGUCUUAAAGAGUAUAUCUUCUCCGAAAGCGAUAGAAUCUAAUGUAGUUCAUCCACUACUGAAAUAUCGAGGAAUAUUUGAUGCUAUAGCAGAUUAUGAAGACAAGCCUACAUUGAUUGAAUGGAAGAAAUCUGAUAAGCCUCGGAAAUCCUUACAAAUGACAUAUGACAAUCCUGUUCAAUUAGCUGCAUAUUUUGGGGCAGUGUGCAACGACCUUAACUAUAAACAUUUCAAUGUCCGAGAUGCAUUAUUAGUGAUUGCUUACACAGAUGGAUCUAAGGCAGAUGCAUAUCAUUUAUCGACUGACAAGUUGAGAGAACAUUGGGCCCAAUGGUUAAUAAGACUGGAGGAAUAUAUGAUCAAAUAUAAUAAUGAUUCUGAGAAAAUACUAAAAGGUGGAAAACGUUUGUUCGAAGAAGAAAUUGGGAAUCUCUGA